AUGAGCUUUCCUAGUGUUACUAUGAAUUCAAAUUUCAAAAGUGAUAAUACUGAAACAUCUACACAACCUCAACCUAAAAUUCCAAUUAAAAAUGAGAGAUCUGUUGGGACUAUUCCACAAUGGAAUGAAGAAGAAAAUCAAUUAUUAGAUCAACAAAUGAAAACAACCAAUUUCUUAGAAAAUACUGAUAUGUUGUAUAAAUUACAAUCAUUAUUUCCAAAUAAAUCAUCACAACAAAUUUUAAAUAGAAUUAAAUGGGUUGCAGGUGGUAAAAAACAAAAUUGGGAAGAGUUUUGUGUUCAGUGUUCAUAUCAACCAUUUACAAUUUCUACAUAUCAAAAAUAUACAGAACAUAGAGAACAAAUUCCUAAAAUUAAUCCCCAAAUUCAAACAAUUCAUUCAAUUCGUCCUCUUCAAUCUCAAAUUAAACAAGAAGGAAAAACAACUCUUCCUCAACAAAUUCAAAAUACUAUUCCUAUAAUUCAACAAACACCAACUCAUCCAUUACCAUCAUCUAAUCAAGUAAUUCAACAACAAAUACAAAUAAAAAGUAUUAAUACUUCAAAUCAAUUACAACGUUCAAAUCAAAUUGGUCAAGUUACUCCAGGAAAUCAACCAAUAAUGCAAGAAAUUGGAAAUCAAAUCCAAACAUUUAUACAAACAAAACAACAAACACAACCAAUUCAUUAUCAACAAUAUUCUCAAAUUAAUUCAAUAAAUAAUACAUUAUCUCAACAACAACAAACACAAUUAAAUAUUCCAAUUACAAUACCUUUACAACAACAAAUUCUUGAAGAUAAAUUAGAAAAUAAAAAGAAACCUAAAAUAUCAAAACUAGAAAAAGAUGAUAAAACAAAAAAACAAUCAUCAAGAAAAAGAAAAACAAAAGAAAUAGAAAAAAAUAUUCAACAACCAUUAAUUAAUUCAAAUGAAAUAGAAGAGCAAAUUAAAGAACUUAUAGAAAAUAAUGAACAAGUAUUAGCAUCUAUUGAAAUUUCAUUACAAACACAAGAACUUCUUUCUUUAGAUCGUCAAUGGAUUAUUACUUUUGGUUCAAAUAUUAAAAAUUUAUUAAGUAUGACUGAUACUUUAGCAAAACCUGCACGUUUACCAUUUUUAUCAUUAGCAUUAAAUCUUCCACCAGAAUUAGCUGAUAUUCAACAAUUUCCAACAUAUCCUGGAAUAAAUCAAAUACCACAACAACAAACAAACAUAAGAUAUCAACCACAAUAUUAA